UCUAAGCGGGUGCGAACCAGCGUCCGGAACUCAGGCCUGCCCGACCCAGCUCCUUACCGGCUCUGCGCACAGGUUGUGCCACCAGUCCUUGCCCUCUGGAACAUUCCUGCAGCUCACACGGACUCGUGGGCGACUCGACUAGCACACUGGAAGCGAAUGAGUCUCCGCGUCCCUUCCCCGCCCAAGAGCCAGCCCUGUGUGCCAUGCAAUCCCCGCCCGACUGGCCGCCGGCCCCCGACGCCCUACGGCCCUCGCCCUUCCCACACCCGGUGCUGAACGCGGUCCACAGCAUGGCCCGUGUGAUGCUCUUUCCCACCUACUGGUCUCUGGACCUGUUGCUGGGCUUCUGGGCACCGAUGGCGCACCCCAGCAGCCUGGGGUGUCUGAAAGCCGUGGCGGGAAGCGGGGUGGCACUGCUGCUGGUGGUGGCCAGCAUACCCCUGGCGCUGUCAGGCCUGCUUCUGUGGCUGCCCCUACAAGCCUGGCGUCGCCCCUUUUGCUACCAGACCCCUCCACUGUGCUGGGUGCCGCCCGAGCCCUGGCACCCAACUGCUGAGCCCAUGCGCUGCUUCGUCUUCCUCACUGCCAAUCUGUGCCUUCUUCCUGACGGGCUGGCGCGCUUCAGCAACCUGUCGCACAGCCAGCAGCGCGCGAAGGCCAUUGGCGCCGUGCUGGCAGACAGCCUAAGAGCGUCACUCUACGGGGCUACCGGGAGCAGCCAGCCGCUGCCCGGGGCGCUGGGUGGGGUGCUGAUGGCCACGGUGCCUGCGGAUUUGGACUUCGUGUGCUUGCAGGAAGUAUUCGAUCUCCGCGCAGGUCGACGCCUGGUGCGCCUCUUAGCGACCAAUCUGGGCCCGGUGUUGUACGACGUGGGCACGCUUGGCCUACAGCGGGGGCCUUACAUCAAGCUGCUGGGUAGUGGGCUCCUACUGGCCUCGCGAUACCCGCUGCUGCGUGCCAACUUCCGUUGCUUCCCUAACGCUUGUCGCGAGGACGCCUUGGCUUCCAAAGGCUUACUGUCCGUCCAGGCGCAGUUGGGCAUCCUGGACGAGCGCCGCGUGGUAGGAUAUGUGCAUUGCACACACUUACAAGCACCCGUUGAGGAUGGGCUUUUGCGCUGCAAACAGCUGACAUUGCUGCUGGACUGGGCCAAGCAGUUUGAGGCUGAGAGCCAGCAGAGUGGUGAGGUGGUGGCCUUCAGCGUGCUCCUGGGUGACCUAAACUUUGACAACUGUUCACCAGACCAUGCAAAGGAACAGAGGCACAAGCUCUUCAGCUGUUUCCAGGACCCCUGCAGGCUUGGACAGCGGCAGGAGCAGCCCUGGGCCCUGGGCACUAUGCUGAGCACCUCCAUGCUCCACCAAUCGGUAGCGAGAUCCCCGGAGAGACUGAAGAGGGCCUUGGAGCAGGAGGAAGGGCGGCGACGCUACUUGGCAGGACCCCUUUGUAGAGGCUGCUCAGCUAACCCCUGGCAGGGCAGGCGCCUGGACUACAUCACAUACAGGGGAGUGCCCGGGGGCCUGCUGAACCCACAGGUGGAGCAGGUGAUGUUCAGUACGGCCCUGGCAGGGCUCACAGACCACCUGGCCGUAGGGCUGAAGCUCCGAGUUUCCUUGCGCCCUGACAUUAGCGCAUAGAAGAUGGCACAGCAGGUGACACAGACCACCACGAGCCCAGCUGCAGGAGCUUGGCCUUGCAGUCCUAACCCGAUUCAGAACUGGACUGGACGACUCAAAGGAUCUUUAUUGUGGAGAACUCACACCGCCUCCUGGGCACGCCGGUACUCAUAAACACUGCCCCGCUGGGGGAAGGCAGGCGGUUGAGGGGGCGAGCCUGGCGGUGGGGCAGGGUCCUCCCGGUCCCCGUAGCCCCCGCCACCAGGUGUGUGAAGACAAAACACAUCCUGUGGAAUAAAGGAGGGGAUUCAGAGCAGAUGUGGCUGUCCCCAGCAAAGAGACAUCUGUCAACCACUCCUCUGGUCCACAGAGGCCAGUAUGCCUCUUUCCCUUCGGGAGCCAAAUUAAACUCCGUCUCUGAUA